AUGUUUCGCCGUCCCACCACCAGCGCCCUCUUACGGCUACGAUUAUGCCCUCUCCGCAGCGGCGCUCUACUUCCCAAGGCAUCUCCAGCCCGUAUUGCAGUAGCACCAUUCUCCAUCUCCGUGCCCCAAUGCAACGAAUCAAAGCCCGGCCAGUUUGCACGUACGGACCCUUCAAUCACGGUCGAGUAUCCGGAGGAGAAGGAUAUGCCUUCUAGUGCGCCGGUCCGCAGGGUGAAGAGGACACUGGGCAGCUUCUCGCUGGAGGGUAAAGUCGCGGUAGUGACCGGGGGCGCAAGAGGUCUCGGAUAUGUGAUGACCCAGGCCCUCGUCGAGUCGGGUGCUGAUGCUGCGAUUGUAGACCUAAAUGGCGAGGAGGCUAUCAAAGCUGCCGCGAUGCUGCUUAAGCACUUUAGAGAUACCAAUCCUGAUGCAGACCGAGUGCCCACAAUAACCGCACACUCAGCCGAUGUCUCCUCGCCGGGCUCGGUCAAGGCCGUGAUGGAAGAGGUGCUUUCCCAACACAACAACCACAUCGACGUCCUCGUCACCUCCGCCGGUUUCACAGAGAACUUUAAGGCGGAGGACUACCCCCAUGAUCGCAUGCAGAAACUCUGGGGCGUCAAUGUAGACGGAACAUAUCUAUGCGCUGUCGAGGUCGCCAAACACCUCAUUGCCAGCAAGAAGCCAGGCUCAAUGGUGUUUAUUGGCAGCAUGAGCGGGAGCAUCGUCAACAUUCCCCAACCACAGGCACCGUACAACGCGGCCAAGGCGGCCGUGCGCCAUCUUGCGUCCUCGAUGGCGGUUGAAUGGUCAACGCAUGGUAUCCGUGUGAAUUGCAUUUCGCCGGGCUAUAUGCUCACGGCGCUGACAAAGAAGAUCCUCGAUGAUAACCCAGAGCUGAAGGCGAAGUGGACAUCGCUGAUUCCGCAGGGGCGCAUGGGGAAUCCGGAGGAUUUGAUGGGCGCGGUGGUGUUUUUGGCGUCGGAUGCCAGCCUCUAUGUUACCGGGGCGGAUCUGAGGGUUGAUGGAGGGUACACCGUUACCUAG